AUGGCCAAAGGAGGGAAACGGGCACUUCAGUUGCCCAAGCAGCAACUGCUCAUUCUUGCGGUAUGCCGCUUCGCGGAGCCCGUUGCAAUGACUUCGGUCUACCCAUAUAUCCCGGAGAUGAUCCAGUCCUUCAACGUCCGCGAUGAUAAAGUAGCUAAAUGGGCCGGUCUCAUGUCUGCGACUUUCUCGCUCUCACAAUGCUUGACCGGAAUUGCCUGGGGACGGGCUUCAGACCGCUUUGGCCGCAAGCCCACCAUCAUCCUCGCCCUGACGUGUACCAUGGUAUCAUCCAUACUCUUCGGCUUCUCCAAAAAUCUUCUUUGGGCCUUCGUCGCACGGUCCUUGCAAGGGCUGUCGAAUGGGAAUGUCGGGAUCAUCCGAACUGCCGUGGCAGAAUUGGUUCCUCAGAAAGAGUUACAACCACGUGCAUUCAGCAUCAUGCCGCUCGUGUGGAAUAUUGGGAGCAUAUUUGGGCCGUCCUUUGGGGGAUCUCUGGUACACCCUGUGGAACGGUAUCCCGAAGUCUUUGGAAGGUUAAGGCUACUCAAGGACUAUCCUUUUGCGCUGCCAAACCUCUUGAUCAGCAUCCUUUUCAUGUGUGGAAUCACUGCCGGUUUCCUUUUCUUGCACGAAACGCUCGAGGAAAAGAAAUCCAACAGAGACUAUGGAUUGAUACUGGGCAACUUUCUGACCAGUUUCUGCACUCGAAAGCCGCUAAGAAGGACAUGGUCGAACACCGAAGAGUCCGAUCCGUUUCUUUCUGGCAUAUCAAGUGAAUUGUCCACGCCGGUAUCCGGCUCCAUCUCCGCAGCUAAGAUCCCGAAACAGAGCACAGGCUGGGCAGAGGUCUUCUCCGGUCAGUCGAACAUCAAUCUCGUCGUCUACACGUUUCUGGCCAUGCAUUCCGUGGCCUACGACCAACUGCUUCCAAUAUUUAUGCAUUUCCACGUGCAAUCUAUCCACGACCCUGAGGUUCAUCUACCUUGGAAAUUUGCUGGUGGCUUCGGGAUCGACUCCAACAGGAUUGGCUUGCUUUUCACCAUCUACGGUGUUUUCGGCAUGCUGAUCCAGUUCUUUGUCUUUCCCCCUUUUGCGAGGAGGUACGGCGUGUUGAACUGUCUCAAGGCUUGUUGUGUUACCUUUCCCCUGGUCUACGUCGCAACGCCCUUCACCGCGCUUCUGCCGACCGACUCGUCAAGGCAAGGUAUCAUGAUGUUGCUAAUGCUGGUCAAGGGGUUUUGCGGCAUCUUUGCAUUCCCUUGUUCUACCAUUCUCCUUACCAAUAGCGCUGCUAGCUUAAAAAUAUUAGGUACGCUGAAUGGGGUGGCAACCAGCAUCUCUGCCAUUGGAAGAGCUGCUGGACCAGCUUUGGCCGGCGCCACAUUCACUAAAGGAGUCGAUAUCGGAUACGUUGUGAUCUCUUGGUGGACAUUGGCCGUGGUCGCCAUUGUUGCCGCCGUUCCAGUAUGGUUUCUGGUGGAGAUGGAAGGCUUUGGCGGUGACCAGGACGAAGACGAAAGCGACGAAGAAGAUGACGAGGAUAACGACCAUGACGACGACGGCGACGGCGCUAAAGCAUCGGCGAUUGUGGCUACUGAAGCACAUUCCAGAAAGUCUAGUGCCCCAUCUGUAGGCGAAGAGGCGGUGGAAGACGACGAUGAUAUGCCGGAGACCCGCCUCUUGACACCUGCCACUACGAGAACCUCACAACCUUCCACCCGACGUCAAAGCCUUCAGCUCCGACGAGUCUCGAGCCCGAUCGGACUUGGACCUGGAAUCAUCCCCACCGGCGCCAGGAGAUAUAGUAGCGAUCUUGGAGCGACGAGGAGCGGAUUAGGGGUCGGUGGGACGAGUUAUUAUUGA